GAAUCUUGCAUUGGAUUAAUCAUAUACACAGGUUGAAUUUUAUAUUCUUUACUUUAUUGCAAUCUGUCACGAGUUUCAAAUAAGCUCUAAAGGAAUUUUAAGACUUUUUUUUUAAACCACUGGAAAAUGUUCAAAUUGCUCAUCGUCUCAUCUGUGCUGAUGGUAGUUGCUGCAAGUCCCUCAUUUCAGCUGCUAUCAUCUCUACCACCGGAGGAAACCAUUUCAUUAACUUCAUUGCUUCAGCCUGAACCGCCAUCCGCUGGAAUAACUUCUGCUUCUUCAUCAUCUGAGGAAUCACCAGAGCCUCCAGCGUCAACUAGGGAAACUCCAGUUCCAACACAAUCACCUCCGACGCCAAGUGAGACAUCAACAACCACGACCGCUGCUCCAGAGCCACCAGCGCUCGAGUCCUUAUCAGCAGACGAACUCGAUCUGCUUUCGGCUGCUGCAUUGGGAAGUUCUUCCCUCGGGCCAGCAUCAAUUCAACAUCAAAUAUUGCCACCUGAGACAAUCUCGCUGCCAAUUAGAAUUACCACAAGCCCAGGUCUGAGAACGGUCCUAGCACCAGAGACCAUACGCAUCCAUCAGCCCACUGUAACUAAAGUCGGUGAGUUGGUACAAAAAAUUCCCACAGCUGUGUCACAUCAAAGCCAAACUGUUGUCCAUAAACAUGCCGAGAUUAUUACGCCAAUUGUUGCUCCAGCUAUUCGGACAAUCACAUCACAAGUGGUGCGGGCCUAUCACACUCCGUUGGUAUAUGCUGCACAUGCACCGGUUAUUAAACUCAUUCAGCAUUGAUUUUGAUAACGAUGAAUUGCCAAAGGCUUAAAAAUACUAAAAUAUCCUUUUUCAAAGACUUUCUGCAUCAUUGACUCGAUAA